UCUGGGCUGUUAAAGCUUUCCUUGGAAAUGGACUUCAACAAUAGGGUGCUAUUUCAAAUGGAUUUCCAGAGAAAUGUUUUUAAAUUGCCCUCUUUUAAAAGAGGCACUAAAAGUCAACUUGCCGCACAUGUACUUAGAACAACUUAAGCAAAAAGAUCCUGGAUCUGAGCGACAGGCCAUUCCCGCUGCUAACAUGAAGGCUGUUGUGAUCGUUUUCCUUGUUGUAAGUGUCUUUAUUCAGUGUGCAACUGCAUCCAAACAAAACAUACGCAAAAAGCGAGCCUGGGUUCUGCAUUCACUCUCCAUGGAAGAGGAGCAUAUUGGGCCUUUCCCAUAUAAACUGGGAGAUUUAAAUACUGAGAAGAGAGUAAUGGAGGAAUACUUCAUCCAUGGACAGGGCAUUGACAAAGAGCCCAAGGGAAUUAUCUCUGUCAAUUCCAACGGAUCGGUUUAUGCUCUUGGAAAAGUUGACUAUGAGGAGUAUAGGAGGCUAACAAUCAGACUAACUAAUGAAAACACAAACAUUGCCAUAGACAUUGAGAUUCAGGAUGUCAAUGACCACGCUCCUGUUUUCAAUCACGAAGUGUAUGAAACCACAAUAGAUGAAUCCACACCACAAGGAGAGCAUUUGGUCACAGUACUGGCAACCGACAAUGACCCGUUAGGCUCAGUGAACUCGUUGUUUACUCUGAGAAUCGUUUCAGUCUCUCCCCAAACCUCCAAUACCGAGUUCUUCAUUCAUCAACCUGAGGCAGACAUGAUAGGGAAGAUAUCUUUCAAGGGAUGCCUGGAUUAUGAGGAGACCAACAAAUACACUAUUCUGGUUGAAGCAAAGGACCAUGGGGAGAAGGUGCAACUCUCCAGUACAAGCACUGUGAUACUCAAUAUUAUCGACAAAAACAACCAUAUACCAGAAUUCACUGGGGCAACAGCUCCUUCACGGGUGAGAGCGCAGGACAGCGGAGAACCUGUUUGCCGACUGCAGGUGACGGAUAGAGACAGCAGAGGAUCUGCAGCGUGGAGAGCACGAUACUCUCUCCAUGGUGAGGAAGCACAGCACUUCAAGAUUCAGACUGAGCCGGACACCAAUGAUGGAGUCGUAACCGUCUCGGAGCCUUUGAAAUAUGAAGAAUGGUCCAACUUGAGCCUGACUGUCAUUGUGGAGAACGAGGAGCCCUUCUUCUACUGUAGAGUCACAGGACGUCCCAAACACGGACUGUGGAAUGUACAAUACUCCAGAGGAAACUCCAGGUCCACAUCAGCAUCCCUUCUCAUCACCAAAAUUAAGAAAGAUGACAUCAGUGAGCCUUCAGUGUUUUUGAAGAUGGUGAAACAUGUGGAGAGACUGGAGGCUGGACCGAUCCUGGAGGCCAACAAAUUGGCAAUGUGUCUGUCUCAGAAGAAUACUAAGAUCACAGCUGUGGACCCGGACCUGUACAGUCCACUUUGA